ACCGGCCCAUAGCACUCUGGACAUUCACGUACCUCUCUGGGGAAACCGUGGGGGUCCUCGGGCCUGGAGACCAAGAUUCUCAGUCAAGUGUCAAAGGCCCAGAGGGCUCCCAGAAGCCCCGUAGGCUGCAGGAAGGUCCUAGGGAGCCCUGCUCUAAAAUCCGUAUGCCGUGGGGUGGGGCAGCGCGCAAGCCAAAGCGGCGCGGUCAGAGGGACUCAUCACAGCGGCUGCGGUUGGGGCCAAGAAGGCGCCAGCCAGGGCUGCCAGGUCCUCUCCGCUGGGCCCAGCUUAGGGCCAUAACCCCGCCACACCGGAAGGUGGGAGGGCGGAGCCAGCGGGCCAGGCCACAGUCGCCACGCCCAGCAUGAACUUUUGCUAAGGAGCAGGAGCCAGAGCUGGAGCCUGGAGCUGAAAGUCUGAAGGAGCUCCCCGGGACCCGGGUGCCAGAGCGUACUGCGAUCGCGGUGUGAGCAGACCAAGCCCAGAUGCAGAUGCAGCGGCAAGCCUUAGCAUACACGGAGGAGCUGACGGAGGACCCAGCGAUGGAGAUGGAGUCCGAAAAGAACAAACUGGACUCCAAGAAGAACACAGAGGAGGAGGAGUUCCUGAUGCGCUCCAUGAAAAACUGGCGAAAGGCUAGGAAUAGGAAAAGGAGGGCGUUGGUGCAAAACGAGUUUGCGUAUGGAGUUCUAGACCUCCUAGCCGAAUCUCUGAGAGGCAUCGACUCACAGCCGCUCGAUUCUCCAUCUCAGCCCUCCCAGGAGGCCCAAGGGAGUGCGUUGGUGCAAAAGGAGGGUGCGGAUCGAGUUCAAGGCCCAGCCAAAUCUCUAAAGAAAGACACCGACUCAAAGCCGCUGGAUUUUCCAUCUCGGCCCUCCCAGGAGGCCCAAGGGCCCCCCACGAUGCCCAUCAAGGAAGAUGUUAUCAUGAAACUGCUGUGUAAAAUUUCCAAGCAGAGGAAAAUAAAGGAGACUAUUAAUCACUUGAAGAGAGGUGCCCUGGUCACCUGGCUUGGGGCAAUUGUGGGCGGGGCGCUUGGCGGCCCACCGGGACUAGCCGUUGGGGGGGCCGUCGGGGGUCUAUUAGGUGCCUGGAUGACAAGUGGACAGUUCAAGCCAAUUCAUCAGAUCAUAAUGGAGCUGCCGCCUGCUGAGCGGCAGAAGCUCUUUAAGGAAGUCACUGCCAUCAUCAGGAACCUGGAGUGGAUAGACGUCGCGCAGCUGACCAAGCAGAUCAUGGGCAGUGAGGUGCUACAGCAGCAGCUGUUGGGGGUGCUGAAGAAAUACGUCACCAAGUAGCUGAGAGCUGAGAUUUCUAAGUUUGAACUACAGCUUGAGGGUCCAGUUGGAGGCGCAGUGGGCAGAACCCUCUAUGUGAUGUGGAUCCCACAUAGAAGGUCCCAAGGUCAUGUCCCAGGACCUCCCUCUACAUUCAGGACUUACACCCUGUGGGGCCAUGGUCCGGUCUGACUGAGGCUGGGUGGAGCAUGGCAUGAGGGCUUUGUUGGCUAUGUGCCCCCCACCGUGGACAAAAAUCAGUGAAUAAACAAAAUAAAACACUACAUCUCUA